AGCGACUAAGCUGACAAGAAAAUGAAUGAAUGAAUCAAGCAUGGUUUAACAUUACAGCAAGUACUUAAAAGUUCAGUAUAGGCUAAAGGGUCUAAGAGUUGAGAAGGCCAAAUUAUUGACCCUUCCAUCUAUUUUUUAAGACUUCAUAUUCCUAAAUUAAUAUUAGUUUAUAAUGCAAACUGUAUGCAUAUUGUAUGAAUUAAGUGAUAAAAGUUCUAUUUAUCCGUACUCUAAAAUUUGAGAAAUGCCAUAAAAAAGCAAGCUGAAAAUUCACAAACAACUUCAGUAAUCGAGAGAGACACGUGCCUCGAGUGAGCUCUUCAAACGAGAGUUUGCUCAAAGGGUUCGAAGAGGGUCGUAAAACUAAUUAAAUUCAGCCACAGCGUUUCACGUCCUUACAAAAAUAUCCCCGUCCUGCCGUGAAUUCCUGCAGUUCUAGACAAAUUCGCCACAGAAGCAGCCGCUCCUCUGUCAAAUCAAGACAAUUCCUCCUAACAUGCAACUUCAGAGAAGCAAUCAUUCUGACUCGGAACCAACCGUUACAAGCGCUAGCAAGUCUGUACAAUAUUUCACACCUUGCGAUGACAUUUUAAGGGAUCUUACUUGAGACAAUCCUGCUAUACGAUUCAGAACAGUGUUUUAUACCAGACAAGUGCUGAUGCGUAUGACACAGGCCUGAAGAGUUCCGUUAUUGCCAGAAGGUCUUGAGGCGCUGAGGAUGGAGGAACUGGCCCGGGAGAGUAUACGCAGCAUCAGCCUGCUCUCAAAACCUGCGCGGGGUUCGGACGUCCCACGACUCGGCUCAUUUGGGGCCAUUUUCAUCAUGCUUAAAUCUGCCCUCGGAGCGGGACUGCUCAACUUUCCGUGGGCUUUUGAGAAGGCUGGCGGCGUGAACACUGCGAUCAGCGUGGAGAUGGUGAGUCUGGUGUUCCUCAUAAGUGGGCUGGUCAUUCUUGGUUAUGCCUCAUCGAUCAGUCGCCAGAACACGUAUCAUGAUGUGGUGCGGAAUGUGUGUGGGCGGAGGAUCGGUCAUCUGUGUGAGAUCUGCUUUGUUUUCAACCUCUUCAUGAUCUCGGUGGCCUUUUUGGUGGUGGUGCAGGAUCAACUAGAAAAGUUGUGUCUGUCUCUGUACGAGACGGUGACUGGAAAUACCGAAGCAGAGAUGCCACAUCACUGGUACACAGAUUACCGGUUUGCCCUCUCUUUCAUGUGUCUUAUUAUCAUCCUUCCACUCUCCAUACCCAAAGAGAUCGGCAUCCAGAAAUACACCAGUGUAAUGGGAACUCUGGCUGCGACUUACCUGAGUGUUGCUGUCAUUGCGAAAUAUUACCUAAAAGACACACACACAGCGGACCUCACACCUGAGCACAGUCAAGGAUUGGGCUCAUGGGCUUCCAUGUUCAGUGUGGUUCCUACCAUCUGCUUCGGUUUCCAGUGCCACGAAGCUUCCAUUGCUAUAUACAGCAGCAUGGAAAACAAAAAGAUCACACAUUGGGUUUUCAUCUCAGUCACUUCUAUGAUUUUCUGCCUGCUUAUUUAUACUCUCACAGGUGUGUUUGGUUUUCUUACAUUUGGACGGAAAGUAGCCUCAGAUAUCCUGAUGUCAUAUCCAGGAAAUGAUGUAGUGAUGAUUAUUGCUAGGCUGCUGUUUGGAAUUUCGAUCGUCACCAUCUAUCCUAUAAUACUGCUGUUGGGAAGGUCAGUGAUUCUAACACAAAUACUGCGCUUUUGGGAACGACGGACCAUAAUGACACCUGUGUUUGAGGGUCGGUGCCGUCUCAUUCUCACUAUUCUCUGGAUCACCGUGACUCUCCUCAUCGCUAUAUUUGUGCCAGACAUGAGUGAAGUCAUCAGCGUAAUUGGGGGAAUCAGUGCCUUCUUCAUCUUCAUCUUUCCUGGGUUGUGUCUCAUUUUUGUCAUGCAGACAGAGCCUAUAAAUCACAGGAUAAGAAUCCUCUUGACAGGAUGGGGUGUGGUGACUAUCGUAAUUGGAGCUUUUAUCUUUGGCCAGAGCACAACCAUCGCUGUUAUGGAAUUAGCACACAAGUUUUAAUCUCCAUCCUGAUCAUAGUCUACUGUAUAUUUGACUGAUGAAUGAGAAACAGUAUGAUACUUGAAACUGAGGACGCUUGUAUUAAUGUAGAACUAUUUUUCUUUAUAUAUUUAUUCUUCUGUGUAGUUUAAGACAAUACAUUUUAUUUAAAUAUGCUGGAAUGACUUUAUGUAAACCGUGUUUGGAUGAAUGAAUAAAUGUGAGAGAUUUGCAAUACCUUAAUAAAAUGUGUUACCAUUUUGACUAA